GUAUUGUUGCACUUCACAAAUUAAUGAUCAUGAGUUCAUACUUGAUAAACUCGAACUAUAUCGAACCUUCCUUUCCUCCAUGCGACGAAUAUCAACAGAACGGAUACAUCCCCGCCCCUACUGAGUACUACGAACGGCCAAAAGAUUCGGGCUUUCCCCAUCACGACGAGGCGUCCUAUCCGAGGUCAAACUACACAGAACCGAGCUACGACUACGGUAAUGUCCCUAACAACGGUCUCGACGAUUUCACCGACAGGCAUCACGCACAGGCUCACCCCGUUGCCCAGAACCAUGGCCCUCGCCUCAACCCAGUCCCAGACAGCGGUGCCGUGGCGGACGUGAGCAAAGACUGCAGCCUCGCAACUGAGUCUUAUUCCAGCGCACAGAAGGGAAAGGAAGUGCCGGUGGUCUACCCCUGGAUGAAGAAGGUCCAUGUUGUCAAUGCUACUUACAAUGGAGGAGUGCCCAAGAGGUCUCGCACUGCCUACACCCGCCAGCAGGCUCUCGAGCUGGAGAAAGAAUUCCACUUCAACCGCUACCUGACCCGACGCAGGCGCGUGGAGAUCGCGCACACGAUGUGCCUGACCGAACGUCAGGUGAAGAUCUGGUUCCAGAACAGAAGAAUGAAGUGGAAGAAAGAUCACAAGCUGCCGAACACAAAGAUCCGCUCCGCAAGCUCAGCCUCGUCCUUGGGAGCACAGCAGCAGCAGCAGCAACAACAGAAAACCAAAACAGCCACGCACCAGCAGCUUGUUCCCACGCCUUGCACCGCGAUCCUAUAGUGAUGGAACCCUCGCGCCAAACCAACAGACUGAGAACAGAACACAGAAACAGAAUUUUGUGGCCCGAUUCUCGAGUAUGGCCCCCAUGGUAUUACCCCAUUCCCUUGGCCUUUGGGCCUGUCGCGUCCUUUCAAAACCAUUUCCCCUCUCAACCUCCUCUUUCUGUUUGUUCACUCUCUCCUCAUUAUUGAGCUCGAAAUCCGCCACGUACUGCCCAAGAUGGCAACUGAAAUGUAUUUGUUUAUUAGAACAGAAGGUUAACGCACAUUCAAAUGCACCACAGGACCUUGGAUUAUAAGUGUCAUUGCAUAGAAUAAAAAGAAAGAGAAUGAGACUAGAGACAUGUGAGGCCGCGUUUUUCUUUUUCUUAUAUGCAAUGUUUUUGUUUAUUCUCGUGGAAAGUUUUAAUAUACUUGAAAGAAUGACGAUGUUUUAGUGCCCGGUCUGAGACCUAUCACGAGGUUUAGAAUGGGACAGGGUAGUAGUUAGGGUUUAGCUCGUGAUGUGUGAAUGAGUUGGUUUACUGUUGAAUGUGUUAUUAACUCGUGUAAUGUCCAGGUGACUUUCACCCCUAAUGUACAUAGACAAAUCAUAGCGAAGGCACAAUACUGAAUCCAUUUUGUCGGCUAAAAAAAGACAACCUCGUUUGUUUGUUCGUGUAGUAGUGUAGAUUCGUUUCAUCUGUGAUAGUGUGUCCCUAUUUUGUGGUGUGAUCUAAACUGUGAAUAUUUGUAUAUGUUGUUUGAUUAAUGAACGGUGUAAUAAUGUAUUGUAUUUUAGGCACAUGCAAGAAACGUUUCUCGUGAAAUAAAUAUGUACUUCAAUUGUA